AUGCCCACCCCUCGAACCCCCCGUCGAACCCCCAACCGUGGGAGCGCGAAACAGACCCAGUUCAAGGAGAUCAAGCCCCUCGAUCUCGGUGAGGCCCUGGGGCCUCAUGAUUCAGCUAAUGUGCGAGAAAAGGUCCGCAAGUGGCAGCAGCUCGGCGGAGGAGUCGUGAUAGCGCCGGAUGUCGGGGCCAGCAGUGACGAGGGUGAGAAGAGCCCGGCAGGGGCAGCAGCAACAGCAGCAGUAGGGGGAGGAGGAGGCACGAAGCUGAAGGAGACAAAGCAGGGCCCAAAUAAGAGCCCGGCAGCAAGCAAACGGCCUACGACGCCCAAGGGCAAGGCUACUCCGGAGCCAGACCGGAAGACGAAGAGCCCUACAAAGACAAAGAUCACGCCGCGGACAACACCCCGGUCUACCCCUAGAACGACUCCCAAGAAGCGGGUUGUCAGCGAUGCCCACUGGCGGAGGAACAGGUCUCCUCCUCCUCCCAGCUCCAGUGCCCCAUCGUCCGCGCAUGCUACCCCGACCAGACGUAAAGAUGUGCUGCAGCGGUACGAGGAGGCCAGGGAGAAGGCAGCCAGGUCGUCUGGUGUCAAGGACGGUGACGGAAUAGCGGUCUACCCGGGGCCAUUACGGGUGCCCGAGCCUCUAAAGACUGCCUCGUCUGCAUGGAGCUCUGAUGUAGGCUCUUCCGCUGGCGAAACGGCGCCAGAAUAUAGUGGCCGUGAGAGGGCUUCUUCCUCGCCCCAAAAGCGUACGCCAAAGAGGACCCUGAGACCGAAUUACUGCGUCAACGAUGAUAAGCCUCGUCUGGGUUCUCCCAGGGGGAAGAUCCAGUCCCCAGACAUCCCUCGAGCAAGCAGCCCGCGCAAGAAACCGCCUUCACCAAAGCAGGCCGAGUCUCCUCGAGCAAGCAGCCCACGCAAGAAACCGCCUUCGCCGAAGCAGCCCGAGUCUCCUCCAGAACCAGCUCCCGCAAAGCCUGAACGAGCUGAACCGGUUCGAAGAAGUGAAAUCAGGCCGCAUAAUCUGCUUUCGGGAAACAUCAUCUCGCAGGUCAUAGAUGAAUCCAAAAAGAUGUUUGCCAGCAUGAAACCACCAGAGCCAACACCGCCGCCCCAGCAACAUCACCCGCCAUCGGGACCCUCAAUGCCCCAUGGGUCCAAGGUCGAGGCCUGGCUGUCCUCUACGGCUAAUGCGGACCCCUUUGUUGAUGAUAAUGGUUCAACCAUCAGCGCACCAGCGCCCCUGAGAUCUACGACUACCAGGUCUUCUCCUCCACGCAGGGACCAUUCUGAUAGUGACUCUGAGCAGGAGAUCACGAAGAAACGUCCAUCUCCUUCGGCAUCAGACAGCAAAAGACAACAAAAACAACAGCAACCACAACAACAGCCACCUAGCAAACAUGUCAAAGGAAAAUACGACUAUUCUGAUGGAAGUGACAGUGACGAAACACAUAGGGCCAAGUCACCCCCACACAGGAGAGAAUCCAAGUCAGACAUAUCGGUAGACAGUGUCACUGAUUCCCAGCCUUCUACUCUCAAGAGAGGGAAAUCUUCGAGAUCACGACGGCAGUUGAGCGCCUCCACAGAGGCAGAGAGGAUGUCCAAGCUGAGAGAAUCAGUAGAAGAAGCCCUGCAAGGCUCCAACCUGGACAGGCCAAUUUCUUCAGACGGGUCUGAGGUCUCAGCAGUAGAUCGCCCGCCGCCCUUGAUGCUGAAGAGGCCCUUCCCCGGCACGGGAGGCCAUAGGCUGUCUACCAUUGCAUCCGUAGAUACUCUAACAUCAAGCACCAAUACCAGCACCACUGCUAGGGAUACCACAAACCCCCUCACCCAGUCUGAACUGACCUCCCAGCUUGGCGAUGAGGAUGAUGCUGUCUCUGACUCUGAGAAGAGGGAUAAGUUUGAUCCCAGCUCCCUACCAGGCCCAAAUCAGCCAUUGAAGCGCCGCCUCACCAAGCAUUCGGAUCUCAUGUCUGUCCUAUCCAUCCCCGGAGGCAGAAGCCGUAGCAUACGGUCGGCAAGGAGCAUACGCACAAACAGGAGUCGUCUUGCCAAUGCAACUGUGAGCGAUAUCAUGCGGGAGCUUGCAUCAGACGAAGUGAAGUAUAUGCGUGAACUGAGAACCCUGGUCGGCGGCGUCAUCCCUGUAUUGUUGACUUCGAUCCUCUCCCGGGCAGACUCAGCAAUUGCCGCUGGCCUCUUUCGACGUUCGGCCGACCCGGCCGACCAGGAAAACUUCACUCGGCCCAUUAUAAACAUGGGAGUUUCCCUUGAAAAGCUCAAGGCUCUUCACAAACGACUACCACUUAACAAUGCUGACGCACUCCUAUUGUGGGCCGCCAAUGCCCAAAAGGUGUAUGCAGACUAUUUGAGUGCAUGGAGGCUCGGGUUUCAGGACGUUAUCGUCAAUCUUGCACCGCCAGACCCUGAUGACGCACUCAACGCAGAAACCCAGAGCUUGUGCGCUGGUAUGGCACAAGAUGAAAACGGCGAUGUGAUCGACGGGGAUGGGGAGAGAGUAGACGUUGCAUUCCUGCUAAAAAGACCGCUCGUCAGGUUGAAAUACCUAUCGAAGACGUUUAAGGGACUUAACUAUGUCCAACCAUCCCCCAAGGCAGAAGAAGUUGCAGAGGCUUACCAGACGCUCGUCACAGACGCUCGACGCAGAGCAAAUGAGGAACGGUCCAGACUUGAAGAUGAUGCCGCAGCGAGCAUAGACGCAACCAGAGCCCGUGAUAUACACACUCUAGCCAUCCUCAAGGAAGUAGCAGUCAAUCAGACCAGGAGAGUCCGUGCCCGCGAUUUCUUUGACCUUUCCUUGCUACAUUCUACAGGCCAGCAAAUCGACUGCCGCGCUGAGUUACUACUGCGAGAUAAUCCGCCUGGUGAGGCUCCUGGUGGUGAUCUCUUUAUCUGCGAGGUUGACGAGACGGACCGCUGGCUUCUGUUCCCGCCAAUUGAUUGUACCUGCAUUUCAGCCAGAAAUGGGGAUGAGCAGGGAGAGAUUGUACUCAUGGUUCGCGCAUCUGCGGGGAAUUCGACAGAGUGGUUUGAACUGUUGUCGUUCAUAACGGAUGAUGAGCAGAUCGGUUUCGAAUGGGUGCAGAUGCUUGGUCUUAAUCCGGUUCCACCUAAGAUCAAUAGGUCUCUCAGCUUUGUUAACCGUGCGAAGGAGAGAAAGGAGAAACUCGCACUGGCACGUCAGGCUAGUAACAGCAGUGCCAUUCCCAUCCGUGACUAUGACCCUUCUGAAGUUGAUGUACCAAUUGGAGAGCAGGCCACUGUGGUUGGUGAGGAUAUCGGACAUAGUAGGGAGUCUACCAGUCAUAAAUACAAAACGGCCUCACCAUUAACGCCCUCUCGCGGCUCAGGAGAAUCUGCGGAUUUGGCAAGCAGUGCCUCACAGUCGACACUGAAGAGAUCCAAGGCAAAUCGUCGAUCGAAGUACGAUUUCACUUCUCCUACCAGCCCGGUCUCCUCUGGGAUUCUAUCCCCCGACAAUGAGCCGUCUACCAGAGCAUCUUCACCUUCGAUUUCUAAAGCAGACCGUCGUAGUCGUGAUAGAACUCCAUCGCCAACCUAUAGUAAUGGAGGCAAACAAGCGAAACGUCCAAUUGCAUCUCUGGUGCAACCUCACGGGCGCCGCUCCCUAUCACCUGUACCAUCAUUGGAAUUUCCCACAAUUCCGAAGCUUAGGAAGAGUUCGCCCAAGAAUUCUCCUCCUGCCUCGCCGAAGAACAUACCUCUCCCCGCCUCCCCGGUACAAAAGCCAGAGGAUAAGGUGGAACGAAGCCCGCUUAGCAAAGAGAGGAAAUCUCUUGAUAAGAGCGAAAGGCCAACCAGACUAUUCAGUGACGAGCAAGCGUCCAGCGAGGACGUACCUUCACCGCCGCCACAUAGCACAACUAGCCCAACACCGUCAAAACAGCUCAAGACCCCCGUUAUCAGUCCGCCAGCACCACCGUAUGCACGGCACCGCCGAACAUCAUCACCACUUAAGCACGAGUAUGCCCCCUCAAGCGCCUCAGAGUCGUCAGGGUCAGAUUCAAGUUCUAUUAAUCGAUAUGACGUUGACUCAUCGUCUGAGACCUCAGACGAAGAACUGGAAGACGACGAUAUCCCAACUCCCUUACCACCCAUCACCCGCCGUAUUUCCAAACGGGCACCUCCUCCUUCUGAGCCUGUGGACGAUACUCCUACAAAUAGCCGACCAACUUCUGCACACCGAUCCCCGCCAAAAUCUAUACAUAGCUCAUCUGACCGGGCGUCGAGAAUUGUUGCAUCCGUGUUUUACUGGCAUGACAAAGGGUCUUGGGAGCCACUUCACCUUAAUGAAUGUAGUAUUAUCGUCACUCCCGGCUUGAUUGAGGCAUUUGAGAUUGGCUCCGAACACUCUCGACCAUCUAGCCGAGGCGAUGGAUCAGUUGCUGAAUCUACUCGGCCCUCUGGUCGACCCUUAGUUGCUCUUGAACUUACUCCAUUAGUGCCAAUCCGACGUGGAACAGCUAUCGAUAUAAGCAUUCGCUCGCCCCCUACUGCACAAUCUAAAGUUGCCUCUGGCAGCAAUGUUAUGUUCCGGUCCCGCAACCCGGACGAUUGUGACAAACUCUACGGCCUUAUCAACCACUCUCGCAUCAACAAUCCGACCUACAUUGCAUUGCAGAAUGCUGUACCAUACCCCAGCCAACCUAACUCAAUCUCAAGACACAAUUCCACCCGAUCUACCAAAGGCGGUUGGUUUAGCAGUUUCUCGAAGAGCAGCUACCGCGCAUCUACUGCACCACCUGCCUCUCUUGCAGCUGGAACGGAGAGCAGUGUCGGCACCAUGUCCAGCGCUUUCUCUGCGCUCAAACGUUUCGGCGCUGGAAGCAAAAUGUUUAGCAUUGCGAGAUCAACCCUUACUUCUCGCAAUGGUCGUGAUGACACAAGCCUAUACACCACUACCUCAACCGGCUCGGGGUCAGGACGACGCAUCUCCUCAACAAACCCUGAGACCGCAAAAAUGGCAGCAGAGGGCGGAAUUGGCUUGACAAAUGCAAAAAUACGUCUAUACAUCCGGGAAUCAGCAGCGAAAUGGCGAGAUCUGGGAGCAGCAAGGCUUACCAUUCUACCCGCAGACCCUGCUCCUUCAAAUACUCCUCCCAAUAACCCCGAUGACCAAGACGCAAGCGGCGCUUCAAGCCCUCCAUCCGGUUCUACUGGUGAUCCUACUACUCCUCCCUCAACCGGUAGAACCGGUGCGCCAGUCAAAGACGAAAAGCGCAUAUUGAUCCGAAGCAAAAUCAGCGGCGAGACUCUGGUCGAUGCAUGCCUGGGCGAGAGUGCCUUUGAGCGAGUCGCUAGAACUGGAAUCGCAGUAUCUAUCUGGGAAGAAUACGAUGGAAUUGCAAAAGAAGGCGGCGUUGUUGGUGGAUGUUUUAAAGUGUACAUGAUUCAGAUGAAGGGCGAAGCUGAGGCUGCAUAUACCUUUGGCCUUGUUGGCAAGCUGAGAUAUUAA